GAUCGUUUCGGCGCGCGAGGAACACCAGACCUUUAACAGAUGGAUGCGCUCAGACCAACGUGCGCGCGAGCUUUAAGGGUUAAUUACAGAGAGAGGGAGGGGGAGGAGCGGAUCCGUCAGCUGAUGAUGAAGAGGAGAAAGCAGCUCUGUCGGCAGAGGUCAUGUGACUUAUCGUAGAGGAUGAUCAGUCAGCACUAACCAGCUUCCAGUAGGCCUGGGGUCUGAGGAGAGGCAAAGGAUCAUGGGAGAUGAAGGUCCCCUGCAGACCGAGGGGAAUGCUCUCCUCAAAGCCGUCUUCCAGGGAAAGCUGCGCCUUGCUCGUCUGCUGCUGGAGGGCGGGGCCUACAUCAACGAGGGCAACGAGCGUGGGGAGACCCCCAUCUCUGCAGCCUGCUUGGCGAGCUACGAAGACCUACAGACCCGACAGAGAAUGGUCCGGUACCUGCUGGAAAAAGGAGCUGACCCUAACAUUCCAGACAAAACUGGACGCACAGCACUAAUGCACGCCUGCGCCCGACAGGCAGGGAAGGAAGUGGUGUCUCUGUUACUGGACAACAAAGCUGAUCCAAGCCUCAAAGAUUACUCUGGUGCCUCUGCCCUCAUCCACGCCAUCAACACAGGAGACCGUGAAACCCUGCAGGUGUUGCUAGAUGCCUGCAAGGCCAGAGGUAAAGAGGUGAUCAUCAUAACCACGGACACGUCUCCAUCAGGCACCAAGAAGACCAAACAAUAUCUCAACUCACCUCCCUCCCCAGGUAUUGUAGACAAACUGUCUCCUGCUUGCAUGUCACCUUCUGAGGUGGAGAUCGGAACCUCCUCGCCUGCAGUAACCACGACCAAAGACCAGGAGGGGAUCUUUAAUUUUGCACUGACCUCAGCACUACCUUUACCUUCUACUCGACCUCCAGGUGAAAAGAGGUUACUUCCACGCAAGCUGCUAAAGAGGCUGAACUCUGAGCCUUGGGGACUGGUGGCACCCUCAGUUCUGAGCGGAGUUCCUCAGAAUCAGCUAGACCAAGAUCUGAAGGAAGAAGUCAGCAGUGACCUGAGCAAGAUGUCCACUGAAAUGAACGGUCUGUCUAUCUCACAACCAGUCAGACCUCCAUUGUCACGAAGACACAGCAUUGAGACCCAUGACCCCUGUUCUCCCAAAUCUAUUGACCGUUCCUGCUCUGAGGACUGUGCAGGACUUUCUGCUCCAUCUUGGGCUGACAAAGUUCAGCAGCACCAGAUUUUAUACCGGAGAAACACUGCCCCAGAGCCACAGGAUAACGCUGUAGUGUCUGGGGCAGUAGGGACCAGAGUUCUGACUCACCCCAAACUCAUCCGGAUGGAGCACUAUGAGUCAGAUACCCAUCUGUCUCCAGAGUCCAUCCCUGGAUCUCCAGACUCUGGACGUAUGUCUGUUGAACGCAGGAGGUACAAUGCUUCCCCAUUGUCCCUGGUAACCAGCUCCUCCAGGGAGUCUUUGGAGAACAUUCCUAACUCUGUGUCCCCCAUCACCAUGCGACGCCGUCCCCCAGGUCUCCUAGAACGUCGAGGCUCCGGGACCCUGCUGCUGGACCACAUCUCCCACACCAGACCUGGUUUCUUGCCACCACUCAACGUCAAUCCCCAAAGACCCAUCCCUGAUAUUCGGGCCAUAGGCAAGUCCACCUCCCCGGUUCACUCAGGACACAAGAUCCUGGUUCCAGUGGCCCCGACCUCGCCCAAACGGGGCUCAGAGUUCAAGAUGAAGAAGAAGCUGAUGAGAAGACACUCAAUGCAAACAGAGCAAAUGAAACAGCUCUCCACUUUCCAGGAGAUCCUAGCUGAGAAGGUUUCAGAGUCCAAUGGGGACUGAGGGGAGUAGAGAGCAAAGUGUGAUCGGUUGCUGUUUCUGACUUAUUAGAGCGGCAGUUUACUGUCAGUCCUCUGUGUCAGACUGUCUCUAGUCUCAUCACAUUAACACCAGGUCCUGGUCACUGAGAGGAACUGCCAGGUACUGUUCUCUAAAGAUUCUGGUCUCUGAGGUGAUCCACAAGGUUCUGGUUUUCAAGGGCAUCUGCGCCUACAGACAGCUGCUGUUAGUUUCCAGGUUUUAGCCACCAGUUGUUAGCAACCAGGUGGUAGUUACCAGUUGGUAGUUAACAGUUGUUUUUUACCAGUUGGUUAACCGUUGUUAGUUACCAGUUGGUAGUUAAAAGUUAUUGGUUACCAGUUGGUAGCUACCAGUUGUUGCCACCAUUUGUCAGCUACCAGUUGCUAUCAACCAGUUAUUAGUUACCACUUAACUAUCAGUUGUUAUUUAACUGUUGUAAAUGACCAGUUUAGUCACCAGUUGUUGGUAACCAGUUGUUAGCAACCAGUUGGUAGUUACCAGUUGUUAGUUACCAGCUGUUAGUUACUGGUUUUUAUUUACCAGUUGGUUGUUAACAGUUGUUAAUUACCAGUUGUUAGUUAUCAGUUGUUAUCAACCAGGUCGUAGUUACCAGUUGUUAGUUACCAUUUUUAUUUACCCGUUGUUAGUUAACAGAUAUUGGUUACCAGCUGGUAGCUACCAGUUGUUGCCACCAUUUGUUAAUUACCAGUUGCUAGCAACUAGUUAUUAGUUACCAGAUGUUAACUAUCAGUUGUUAUUCAACAGUUGUAAAUUACCGGGGUUUAGUUACAAGUGUGUAGUUAUCAGUUGGUACACAGUUGGCAGGUACCAGUUGUUGGUCACCAGUUUUUAGCUAUCAGUUGUUGGUCACCAUUUGGUAGUUACCAGUUGGUAGUUACAGUUGGUAGGUACCAGUUGUCGGUCACCAGUUGUUAGCUACCAGUUGUUGGUCACCAGUUGGUAGGUACCAGUUGUUGGUCACCAGUUGUUAGCUACCAAUUGUUUGUCACCAGUUGUUAUCUACCAGUUGUUGGUCACCAGUUGGUAGUUACCAGUAGUUGGUUACCAGUUGGUAGGUACCAGUUGUUGGUUACAGUUGGUAGGUGCUAGUUGUUAGUUACCAGUUGGUAGUUGCCAGUAGUUGGUUACCAGUUGGUAGUUGUCAGCAGUUGGUUACCAGUUGGUGGUUACCAGUUGUGUGUUACAAUUGGUAGUUACCAGUUAUUGGUUACCAGUUGGUAGUUGCCAGUUGGUGGUCACCAGUUUUUAGUUACCAGUUGAUAGUUACAGUUGGUAGGUACCAGUUGUUGGUUACCAGUUGUUAGUUACCAGUUGUUGGUUAACAGUUGGUAGUUACCAGUUUUUGGUUACCAGUUGGUAGCUAACAGUUGGUAGUUACCAGUUCUUAGUAACCAGUUGGUAGCUAACAGUUGGUAGUUACCAGUUCUUAGUAACCAGUUGGUAGCUAACAGUUGGUAGUUACCAGGUCUUAGUAACCAGUUGGUAGCUAACAGUUGGUAGUUACCAGUGUUAGUUAGGACUUACUGCUUCUGAAUUGUUAGUCAUGUGGUCUGAGCAGUGAUGUAGAUUGACUGUACUUCACUACAUUAGCACAAAUGAUGUCAUUACCAGGGCUGUCAACUCUCACUCAUUGACUGUAAGACAUGCACAUUUCAUAACGCACACAUGCCACACUAGGCUAUUUCUCCUGCUAAAACACACGCAUGAAUGCACACAUGCACACACGCACUUUUUGAAGAAGAACCAAUGUGCAGCUCAAUGUUUUCUUCUCUGGGUGAACUGGUUUAUUAGGAUGAAUCACUCAAUUUGCCUAAAAAGUUCCAUAUCCACCUAUUUAUUUUCCUAAUUGUUUAUAUUCCUGCAUUGGAAGUCCUACAAAUGUGAGCUGUGCAUACAGAGGUGUGAAGUGACUCCUGUCCACGUGCUGCAUGUCAUUAUAACAAGCUGCAGCAGAAGACAAGACUCCGCUCAGACUGAUCAUUUCCACCUGUUGCACACACAACUGUUUUUAUCAUUCUUUUUAAAACUGUCUUUGGAGGAUGCACCGUGUGUGGAACAUCACCUGCAAACAGCUGGAGCAGCCGUCAGAGCGCUGCUAAAUGAAGGGAUAACCCGGCUAUUUUUAAAGUGGACUUGCAGGUCGAAAUAUAAAACAAAGACCUCACAUCAUGUUAGAGCUUGGAGUAAGUACUCUCAGCUACUACCAGAAACAUCACGCAGCACCCCAGCUGUAAAUGGCCCUGCUCCUGCCCUGGUUUACACAGCAGGAUGUCAUUUUUACUGUAAAGUUAUUUCUCUCUCUCAGUCUCUGAAAUAAACCUCUGGACCUGGCA